ACCUUUACCAACUGUCUUCCAUUCUGUCCUCCAUAGGACUGGGAUAUGCCAUUGAGAAUCUCCUGCAUUGUAUUCCUGCUGCAUUAAGCCGUUGUUCUACAUGGUUACUAAACCAAUCCCUGGAUAAGCUAUUCAUUGUGUUUACUGACCACCAUCAUACACUGCUGACAUAGGCACACCAUAGGUGUCGGCAAUAAGUUAUUGGCCCAGGCCACCAGCGUGUAAAAAAUAAAGAUGCCAAGAAAACAGCUGCAGCAACAUUCAAUAAAAGGAUCUGAGUUUUCUUUUUUGUAACUCGGAAACGGAAUGGCUCAUCGUUUCAGUUCAAGGCCUAGCGGAGCAUCUGUUUCACAUGGAACAAAAGCUUCAAAGAGUUCUUAUGAGAACCAGCAACCAAUAAUACUCACUGCAGUGGCUUUGCAAGACCAUAUUUUGCAAAAUCUGCAACUCCAAGACCUCUCUUUAGCUGAUCCUUGUAAGAGACCCGGAAAGGGGAGAAAUAUUGGUCCUCGACUUAAUCACAGAAGGAUGGUGAAGCCAUUUGUUGACACUGGAAUUAGGAGGAAACAUGCAGGAAAGACUACAGUGGAUAAGACAGAAGAAGAAUAUGUUCUUGAUCCGGUUGUUCCACCACUAACAUUAGCUCAGAAACUGGGCAUCGUUGAGGCUCCUGCUUUGCCCUUAACCAAUGAUGACUGGAUAAAAGUGAAACAGAGAUCUGUGGAGCAAGGCGACUCUUUGCAACCAUGUGUCAUUUGUAAAGAAGAGUUUAAACUACACUUGCAGGUGUUGCUUUCAUGCUCUCACGUCUUUCACAGGGUGUGCUUAGAAGCGUAUGAGAGGUUUACCGGCAGAAAGACUUGCCCGAUGUGUAGAAAGAAUCAUUAUCAGACCAGAGUAAUACAUGAUGCAGCUCGACACUUCAAAGCAAAAUGCGCUACCAGGAUACAAGCCUGCUGGAGGGGAUACAUUGUGCGAAAAUGGUACAAACACCUAAGACAGACAACGCCUCCCAAAAACCCCAAAUUACGCAAAAAGUUCUUUGAAAAGAAGUUCACAGAGAUAUCAGACAGAUUGCUGAGAUGCUGCAACACAGAUAUUGAUGUCUUAUUCAGGGAGAUUGACCAAUCAAUUGCUGUAAAUCGCAAUGCUGUCCAUCAGCUAGAAGAGAAUUUGAAUCCAAAAAUUGGCGAAGAGGAAUGGGAAAAAAUACAAAUACAGGCUGUUCGUCAGGAAAUAUUUGACUGUCCUAUAUGUAUCAUGCCUCUGUAUCACAAUAAUGAAGAGCACAGAAGCCACCGUCCGGCCGUUCUCCUGUCCUGCUCUCACAUGUUUCACCAUGCUUGUCUUCAGGCAUUUGAAGACUUUUCUGUUGGAGAAUUCCACGUUUGCCCUUUGUGCCGUUCUCCGUACCAAAAGAAAAUAUUCUCCUGUUAAUGUUUUAUAUGGAGUGAAGACAAAUAAACUUUCUAGGUGGCAUACGUGUCCCGGUAAUGUUAUAUAGAUUUGACAGGUUUAAAAAUUGGUGUAUUA